UUCAUAUUUUGCGGCACAUUCAAGAGAUGGAGGGAAGCACCACAGAUAAUUCGGGCUCAACUGCUGACUCAAGUGGCCUUAGGAUUCCUGCAGCCGUCGAUAAUAUAGAAAACAAAUCAACUGAUGUGGCAGAAGGUCGACACGCAACUCUUUUACGCCAAGCGUUGGAGAAAACUGUGCAAAAAUGUCUGUCCAGCGGCAGGUAUUUGAAGUUGUUUUCUGCAUUUGCUAGAAACUUCAAAGCAGUGUAUGACAAAAAUCCAAAAGCUUUGAAAAAUAUCCACACACAGUUUAUGCAUCAGCUGGAAUCGGCUAUAACAGAAGAAAUAGAUACACUGUUUGAAGAGGAGAAUAUUGUAGGACUAAUGAAUGAACUUGACAAAUUAAUCAGUGAAGCACCUUUGGAUCUACAACAUCCAGCUUGGCGUCCAACAGGCAACCCUGAAGCUGAUAUUCAGUCCCACUUAAUACAAGUGAAACAAGUACAUAAAGAAACAUUACAGUCCAUAUUGGAGGAUUUGGAGGAAGAAAGUGCUAGGUUAAAAGAGGCAGUGUUAUCAAAGAGACAUCAGCUUCUGAACACACAACAAGCUGUGCAGAAUAAAGUAAAAGGGAUGGAUCAGGCAGUUGAUGUUUGCAAAGAAAUGCCAACCAAGGAGAUAUGGUCAUAUUUUGAAGAAACUUCUAAAUGAAAUAUUCUUAAUAAAAGGAAUGUGAAAACAUGACAAGUGUGCAGUAAAAAACAGUUUACCAAUGCUAAAAUACAUUGGAAGAGUUACUCCUUCGUAAUUGUUGGCAAUGAGUACCUUUGUAAAUUAUGUUUGCAGUAGAAAUAUUUUCUACCCCUUUAAAAAAGAAAAUAAUGUAAAUAAGUUUAUGAUAGACUUGUAUUACUGAAUGUGCUAAUGACUUGAUAAUUUUGUAAAUCGGUGUAAAAAAGAGAACUGAAUGUGAUAUCAUCUUUAUAUAUUUUAAAUAAAUGACAGGGGAAGUUG